AUGGGUGACGUCCCCAAGGAAUAUGGCGGCGAUGUGCACGUCGAGAAGGCCAUCUCGCAUGUCGACGACUCGGUCGCGCUUGACGAGAAGGCUCAGGCUGCUAUGUUCAAGACGCAGGCUAUGGAUGCUGAGACUGCUGAGCAUGACAUGGGUGUCUUACAGGCUGUCAAGGCGUACCCCAUGGCUGCUCUCUGGGCGUUCAUCAUGUCUUGCACUAUCAUCAUGGAGGCUUACUGUGUCUUCCUGAUGGGCAACUUCAUCGCUCUGCCCGCAUUCGAGAAGGAAUUCGGUAUCCCGCUCACACACCCGGACCCCGACCGACCACACGGCAAAAUUAUCGCGGCUAGCUGGCAAUCAGCGCUUCAGAUGGGAGGACCCGUUGGUGCCAUUAUCGGUGUCUGCCUGGCUGGUCCUCUUACCAGCCGCAUCGGAUACCGAUGGGCGACCAUUUCCGGUCUGAUGCUUCUCAACUGCUUCAUCUUCGUUUUCUACUUCGCCAACUCGCUCCCAAUCAUGUUCGUCUCCCAGCUUCUCGAGGGUGUCCCGUGGGGUAUCUUCAUCGCCAACGCCCCCGCGUACUGCUCUGAGAUCACGCCUAUCCAGCUCCGUGCCCCGGCUACCCAGAUGUUGCAAAUGUUCUGGGCUAUCGGUGCUAUCAUCGUCAACGGUGUCGCAUACUACUACAACCCCAAGCCCGACGCAAGCGCCUACAGAAUCCCCAUUGCGCUUCAAUGGAUGUUCCCCACCCCUCUCGCUAUCCUCAUCUAUCUGGCGCCAGAGUCUCCCUGGUGGUUGGUACGCAAGGGCAAGCUCGAGCAAGCUGAGAAGGCCGUCGGUCGUCUCGGACGCAAGGGCCAGCUCAACCUCAGCGAGGCCGUCGCUAUGAUGCGCCGUACCAUCGAUCUCGAGAAGUCCAUCAAGGAGCCCAGUCUUUUGGAGCUGUUCAAGGGCACCGACCGCUACCGUACUCUCAUCGUCUGUGGUGUUUACGCUGCCCAGAACUUGACUGGUAACCUCAUCGCCAACCAGGCCGUCUACUUCUUCCGUCAAGCUGGUAUCUCGGUCAACACCGCUUUCGCCCUUGGUCUUAUUACCUCCGCUCUCCAGAUGAUCUUCGUCAUGCUUUCCUGGAUUCUCACCACCUACCUCGGCCGCCGCACUAUCUACGUUUGGGGAUCUCUCAUCAACGUCGGUUUCCUCGUCGCUCUCGGUAUCGCCGCUUCCGUCGGUGUCUCCAACGCAGCUUCUCUUGCCCAGGCUUCCCUGGGUCUGAUUGUCUCCGUUCUGUUCACUCUCGGACCGGCUCCCGCCUCAUGGGUUAUUAUCGGAGAGACCUCGUCCAUUCGUCUCAGGCCCCUCACUACCGGUAUCGGACGUGGUGCUUACUACGUUGUCAACAUUCCUUGCAUUUUCCUCGCCAGUUACAUGCUUAACCCCGACGAGGCCAACCUUGGCGGCAAGUGCGGUUACGUCUGGGCCGGUACCGGUUUCUUCUGCUUCGUCGUUGCGUACUUCUUCCUCCCCGAGAUGAAGGGCCGCUCUUACCGCGAGAUCGACAUUCUGUUCAAGCGCAAGGUUCCCGCCCGCAAGUGGAAGAAGACCGUCGUCGAUAUCGGCGACGACUCGUAG